UGUGCCAGCCCAUAAAACCUUAAAAACCCUGCGGGAGCCGGAGCGACGUCACGCAGGGGGCGUCAGUGCGCGAGCUUCACCAGCUCCUCAUCGUCACGCGCACACGCGCACACGCACUGAGGGUUUUAUGUGUGCUGGGAGCAGGGGCAGAGUUUGGUCCGACUCACGGAGCGCGUAUCUACAUGUGGACUGUCGCUCUGCCCGGGGAGCCAGAGGAGAGGAUGAGGAGGGAGGAGGGCAACAGAGCCGCUUUUCUUCCCCUGUGAGAUAUACGAUGAUGAGUUCAGGAGCGUUUCUGAGGGCAACGUUAACGGUUCACACGGAAGAAAUGUCCACAGCUGCGAGUCCGACCAUCCCCUCCUCGCUGCUGACAUCGGACCAACUCACAGUGCUCGCUGCGUCCUUUUCUUCCCUGGUAUUCUUCGGGGUGAUCCUGGUGCUGCUGUGCAUUAUUUACCGCAAGGAUCCUCAGUGUUGCAAACCGCGCUCCUAUCAGGGGCCACAUGCAGAUAUGGAUGCUCCUCCUCAGUACUACAGCAGCAGGCAGACCCUGGUGGGGUCUUCGUGUCCCGAGCAGACUCAGAUCCUGGAUGACAACAACAUUCAGCAGGCGGGUCAGCUGUUCUACAUUGGCCUGCCCUCCAGCUACAGCCUGCCCACACUGGAGGCCCCCCUGCCAAGGCUCCCCUCCUACGAGAGCGUCCGAAAGAAGGACCGCCAGAGGCAGAUCCACAUGAUGAUUGCAGACCGCUUCGGUCUCAAUGGACCCAUUGUGACUGAGCCUCCUCCAACGUAUGAAGAGACUAUCCGCCAGUCUGUGGAGCUGCCCUACACCAUCCUCUCGUCCAGUCUGGACUUCCCCUUUCCUCCUCAGAGUGUCUACACGAACACAGCAGUGGCCAACACACCUCAUCCCGUCAGCUCUGACACCAACAGCACCGCCCUUCCUGUGUGACUCUGGCCAAGUGAUCCAGCUGCCAGAUGAGAGGGGACAUCUGAUAGCCUCAUAUGGAUGGAGGGAGUUUGAACGUCGAAGACUGGCUCCUUCAUACUUCACACGAGCCGAUUCAAAUACCUCAAGACUGAGUUUACGUUGAGAGACCCCUGAUAAUGGAGCAAACCAAAGACAACCUUUGGCUUUGCAGAUGUGAAUGUUAUAAAAACACUCAAUGUGCUGAUGAAUUUCAGAAAAAAAAUAACUGGAUAUAAACAUUCUCUGAGGUGGCUGGUACAUCUUCAAGACUACAGGACUAACUCAUGCCAAGAAGAGAUCCACUAUUUACAUUGGUGAUUAUAUUAUAUGUCAACACUUGCCUCCGCUGUGGUUAUUAAGCUGUUCUUGAGCCAGAGGCCUCACUGUUUGCUUAGGAAGGUUAUCAUAGACGGGUUUGAUGUUGUCAAGGAUGUUCCCGUAGACUGCUGAAUCUGUGCCAUACUGCUCCAGCAUGUGGUUCAGCCUGCGAGAGGGAGAAUUUAUAAAGGUGCUAAUGAGAGUGCCUUCCACGAAGUUAUAAUAAGAAAAGAAUAUCACAACUUUACUGUAUGAUUUCUCACUUUUGUAUCAAACAUUUGAUCCUUUUCUACAUGUGGUAUCUGUUAUAUUGUCCUCCACAUGGCUUCAGAGCGAAGCCAGGCGAAUGAGAAAUUACAACAACAGAGAGUUUCUUGUCACGACCUGUUUUGUUUGUCUUCGUGCACACAUGCCAAACGUUUGUCCUGCACAUAGUGGUGUGCUUUAUUUAUUGAAGAACGAUGAGCGACUCCUCAUUAUUUCUCAUGUGAAACCAGCUGUAAUAAACAUUUUAUUGUUUUUGUU